AUGUGGAAAUAUCUACUUACUAUCGGACUUGCUCUCUUCCAAGUCGCCGAUGCCUGCGAAUCAUACGGCAUCGACUUCAAGAACAACAAGAACUACUUCAUCAACAUCAACUCCAACGAAUCUUUUACCUCCGUAUCAGAAUUCUAUGACUGCGCGGAACCUGCUCGCGUCAUCCUCAUCACUCCCAAGAAUGAAUCAAUAUUCUGCUCAGACGUUGUGACCACUCCCGACUAUACCGAUGUCACUUCUACUUGUCCGAUCUUGAAGAACCAGAUGUAUUCUGGUGAUUGGACUUUGGUACUUCUGGACAACAAUGGCAACGGCAGCAGUUUCAAUGCCAACCGCCACUUGCAUCUCAGUGUUGGGGCACAAUUUACUUCGACUGUGAUCCCAACCAUUACUCUUUCUGUCACACAAACCCCAACAUCUACUGUAAAUGCUACAAUCACAGACUUGGAAUCCACAACUCUUGCACCUGCAUCGAUCACCAGUCUGGCCAGCAAUGCACAGACACAGACAGUCACUUACUACCCUCCUCGCGAGACCAUUACCAAAUCGUCAACAGCAACGGUCAAACGCACCACCACAAGCUUCACUUACACUAUCAAGACCUACACGGUGACCGACCCCUGUGCAGUUGCCUUUGCAGCCAUGACAGCGGAUCCCUCAGCGGACCCUUCUCUCUUAUCUAUCGCUCAAGCCGCCAUUGCCUCUGCAAGCCCAACCCCAGCGGUCGCCCGUCGCGCCAGGAUCAGACGCGACGUUACCAAAGUCAUCCAAGUUGCAAGACGCAACCUGGUCAAUCUCGCCAAACGUGCACCUGACAGCGCAACCGUGACAUCGACGGAUACCAACACUGCCAACUGGAUCUCAGUGACAUCUAGCUAUACUGCUACCCCUGUCACUCUCACAGCAUACAGUAAGUCUUGUCCCAUCCCUCAUAACGUCAAGUGCAAGCAGCUGACGUACAUACUAGCAACUGUGGAAAGCACAACGACGAUCACUCCAGCACCCGUCACUAUCAUAGCGACCAAGACAACAGUAACAAAGACUGCCGGAACAUCCACUCUUACUACCUAUGUCCCUGGCAAGGGCUGCUGA